AGUUGAAGUUGUGUCUCGGUUGGGUGAAGGCGCGUCUGCAUUUGCUAAAAGAAACCCUUUGAUAUGUUGGAGUGACCUUUGCUGAGUGCUGACCUGGCUUGAUCACAUGACCUGAUAUGGCGAAGCGACUCGAUGACGUCAUGUCCCGCCUGGGGACUGGCCGCUGGAACCUCCUGCACAUCCUCUCCCUCUCUUACUGCUUCUCUCUGACCACGUACCACACCCUGGGCGGCGCCUUCCUCGCCCCCCGAGUGGACUACACCUGCCGCCGGCCCGAGGGCGCCCACGACGCAGCUGCCGCCCGAAGCGCCUCACCGCUGUUCAUUCCCGCCGGCGACAACACCUCCGAAGAGGCUAAACCCGAGUGCAGUUACUUCGUGCUGAACUCGUCCUCGGGCCAGGUCGAGGAGGAGCCGUGCGUCGAGUGGGACUUCGACAACUCCACCUUCAGCUCCACCGUUGGCACUGAGUUCCAGCUUGCCUGCGGUUGGGAGUACCUUCGCUCGACGUACCAAAGCAUCUACAUGUUCGGCGUCACGAUCGGGGCGCCGUUCAACGGGGUUCUGGCCGACAGGUACGGGCGUAAGAUGACAGUGGCCGUGGGUUUCGUCGCCUACUCGACCCUGGCCAUCGGCUCCUGCUGGAUCCCCAACCUCUCGGCUCUCCUGCUCUCGCGCUUCCUCAUGGGCGCCGUCCACCCCACGAUACAGAAGACGGGAUAUAUACUAGAUUGA